UAUGUUCGCGUUUACUAGUCAUUCUUGGAAUAACAACGUCCAUGUCUGGUACGCCCAUGAAAUUGAAGAAACGAGUGUUCGUUGGUCAGUAAUCGCCAUUUUCUUAGUCUUAUGUACAAACUUUUCUCUUGAAAUAAUACGAGAACGUUACGACGAUAACAACAACAACAACAACAACGACGAAGACGGAACAACGUGUAAGCGACACGACGGAGUUUUCAACGAGCGCGAUGAAUCAAUCACGAAAUUUCACGUCGUUGUUGAAUCCGAGUUAUUUGCAGAAUGCGCAGCAAAACGCUGCAACUGCUAACGCGGCUGCUGCUGCAGCAGCCGCAGCUGCUGCGGUGAGUGCAGCGAUCGCAAACGGAACACCUCUCAACGCGAAUAACAAUUCUACGACGCAAAGCAGAAAGCGCGAAGCUGAGAGCGAUGUUAAGCAGGAGAAAGAAACGAAAGAGGAACGUAGGAAGAGGAGGAAAACUAGAUGGGGUGGUAGUGAACAUGACAAAACCUUUAUACCCGGGAUGCCUACAGUUCUACCCACUAAUCUGACCCCCGAACAGGAGAAAGCUUAUCUCUUUCAGCUGCAAAUUGAGGAAAUCAGCAGGAAGCUACGUACUGGAGACCUUGGAAUACCGCUUAAUCCUGAGGAAAGGUCUCCAUCACCAGAGCCAAUAUACAGUAGUGAUGGUAAACGGUUAAAUACAAGAGAAUAUCGUACAAGACGUAAAUUGGAAGAAGAACGACACAAUCUCAUACAGAAGAUUCUCAAAAUAAAUCCAGAAUUUAAGCCACCGCCAGAUUACAAGCCUCCGAUAAUACGUGUCCAUGAUAAAGUAAUGAUUCCACAAGAAGAACAUCCAGACAUAAACUUUGUUGGUUUACUUAUUGGACCACGUGGAAAUACUUUGAAAUCAAUGGAAAAGGAAACUGGCGCAAAAAUUAUUAUUCGCGGUAAAGGUUCUGUAAAAGAAGGCAAAGUAGGUAGAAAAGAUGGACAACCUUUACCUGGAGAAGAUGAACCAUUGCAUGCUUAUAUAACUGCAAAUAAUUUAGAUGCCGUAAAGAAGGCUGUUGAAAGAAUCCACGAAAUUAUAAGACAAGGUGUAGAAGUUCCUGAAGGUCAAAACGAUUUAAGACGUAAUCAAUUAAGAGAGCUAGCAUUACUUAAUGGAACACUGCGCGAAAACGAUGGUCCUCGAUGUACGAAUUGUGGAGCAUCCGAUCACAAAUCAUGGCUUUGUCCGGACAAACCAAAUGUUACCAAUAAUAUAGUAUGUUCAAGUUGUGGAGGAGCUGGGCACAUCGCACGAGACUGUAGAUCUAAACGCCCUGGACAAGGCGGUCCAGCAGCUGCGGGAAUGGGAGGAAUGGGACCUGGUGGAGAUAAGGCAAAGAUAGACGAAGAAUAUAUGUCUCUUAUGGCAGAAUUGGGCGAGGGUCCUCCACCGGAUAGAUCAAAAUCUGGUCAAACUAGACAACCUGCACCAAAUCCAAGUUAUCCUGGACUUUUCGAUAGACAACAGGCACCUCGCGCCUUGAUGGCCGCUCCGGCACAUCCGCCGCCUCAAAUGAUGCAAGGUGGACCUAUGAUGCCACCACCGGGUAUGGCUCCGCCACCGUGGAGUCAAGGCGACGUCAAUAACAUGAAUGGCAUGAACAUGCAAUGGCAACCACCGGUUAGUAUGCCACCACCGCCGGGUGUCAUGCAACCACCUCCGCCACCUCCCGGAUCUACCACUCAGCCAAAUAUCCCUCCCUUGAUGCCUUGGAUGGCUGGAAACAAUCAGCCACCUCCACCAGGACAGAUGCCACCAACGCAAAUUCCACCGCCUGGAAUGGGUAUUCCACCGUGGCAACAAGGACAGCAAGGACCGAUGCGUCCACCCCCUCCAGGAACGGCACCACCUCCAGGAUUUCCAGGAUGGCAACCUCAACAAAUGGGUGGCUGGCCCCCGGCAGCUCCCGUUCCACCUCCACCACAGCAGCAACAAACUCCUGCUCCACCGGGAAUCGAUCUGAACACGUUACCUACGUUAUUGGCUCAACCACCACCACCUCCGCCGCCCACUAGUUAGUGUGAAAAAUAAUUCUAUCGCACGAUUAAAUGUUUUUAAACCCUGUAGUAAGAUAAAUUAUACGAUUUUGUUACAUUGAGAGACUUGAUCAUCGAAUUAUAGGAAUAGUUAAUACAUUUGAUGUAUUGGUUUAUAUAAUUAUAAUAGAACGUUAUGCCCUGUGCAACUUUGUUCUUUCCAAAUAGCAUUGCGCAUAACGAAGACCCAAGUUCUUAAUAUAACUGUAUAAUGUAUUGUAUGGAAUACGAACAGUAUGUUAACUUGCGCGAGGAUAUUAAUUACUCCCGUUGCUAUAAUGUAGCUGAAAUAUCUAGAUUUGUUUAUCAUUGUUUAUAAACUUAAACAAUACAACUAAUCUUUCUUACAACAACAAAAAACCGAUUGUCAUACGUUACGCAUUUUUAUAAUGCAGAAUGUCCCUGUUAAUUUCACGAUAAAUACGUUGUUGACAUUGCACAUCUAAUCAUACGAAUAUCAUUUGUUUGUUAUUUCGUACAAUGUCGUCAUUAUAGUGCUAUUCGCCUGUUAACUCAGGUUCUUUGCACUGCACAUUAAUAUUAAGCUUAUUACGAAGAAUAGUAGUAAAGUACUGUUCUUAUUAGUACAAACUUGUCCAGAAUGUAUUGUUUGUGCAUAUAAUGUUACAAAAUUCCACCGAUAUACAUGGACGAAGUAUCAGAAAAAAGAACCAAGGGAAAAUGAUGAUCUUGCGAUAUUGAUUUUACGGAAGAAGAAAUAUUUCUUAGCUUUCUAUACGAGAAGAAAAGGAUAAGAGAAGAGAAAUACCUAAAUUUAUAUGUGCACAAACAUGAAAAAGGUAGUGAACACGGAUGAUGUAUGUUUUAAAUACGAUAGGAUAACAUUACUUUAGUAUAUACAAGUUAUUGUAGUUACAUAAUGAAAAAUAUAGUCAGUUUUAAUACCACGCAAAGUAUCAGUUGAAGUAAAUGGACAUAUUUAUAAAUUAAUAGUAUUGCUUUUUCCAACAAACGAUAAUUUUAUUUUUCAUGUCGAUGUUCGUUCUAUUUAUAUACGAUAGCAAGAUUAAAUUUAGAAAGAACAUUACCGAUAGAUCGAUUGAUCAUAAAGCGUGCGUGAUCAUAAAGAAACUAUUGAAUAAAGGAAAGUAUAAAAUAUAUAUAAUUAAUCAUAAAUAUUGUAUACAUAGUUACGAAAAGUAAUUGUCUAAAUUUUUGCUUAUAUAUAGUGUACGUUAGAUAUGUCCAUUGCUGAAGGAAUUAUAAAUAUUAUUUUGGCUAAUCACCGAAUUGUUUUGAAGGUUAUAGUAUUAAGCUAUUAUUACGAGUUUAUUCCAUUAAAGUAGUUUUGUUAUUGGAUUUGCUAUUGGAUUGGUAAUGAUGUGAAUAAAAUAAUUAAAUUCCUAUUCAUAAUCUUAAUAGAUAUUAAUGUUAGUAGUAUUACGUAUUAAGUAAAAAAAUGUAAAAAUAUUUACGGGGACAAUGCUAGUUUGCUUAAUGUGUAAUCUGUACACAAUAAAGGUAUACAUUAAAAAUAGUAA